AUGUCACGCGCGUCACGCGUCGCGCCAGCGACGGUGACGUACAUCUCCUAUCUGCCCGGCGACGACGAUCCUUUGGACGAGCGCGCUACGGAGGCGUGUCAAGCGCUAGUGGACGCCCUCGAUAGUGCGCUGCGAAAGACGAGUGAAGCGUUUUGGGCGCACGUGCAGAGAAACGGACGAGGGCUCGGGAGGAGUCUGGACACGUACUUGCAGUUUAAAACGCGGCCAUUCGAAACUCGAGGUCGGGGGGCCGAACCGUCGACUUCAGUUACGGAGGACGAGUUGGGAAGGAAGGUCUUCCUCACGAUGCUCAGACUGGUGAAUGACGGCGCUCGAGAGCGAAGCUGCUUAACUCUCGAAGAGCGGAGGCAGGCGGUUUUAAAGCAUAACCUGAUCGACGUACCGAAAUUGAUUGACUUGACGGUGAUUUAUGGAAGCGAUAACAGGGAUCUAGUGCACGAAGUGCUAGAAAAUGCUGUGAAACUGUUGCCGACUCUCGAAGACGAUUUUGGGCGCACUGGAUUGAUGAUCGAAAAGAACUUGAAAGAUAUGGCAGCGCGAGUGACUCCUGCGGCUGAAGCUAACGAGCUCCCACCAGACGGGUUGAGUGAAUCGCUGUCAUACUUUCACGACGUUGCUAUUUCACUUGUUUCACUCGUCACCGUGUAUCCAGAAGCCGCAGAAUGGUUGCGUCGUGAUGGGAAUCUGACAGGUGCGCUCGAAAAGAUCCGAAGUAUGGUACUUUCUAGCUUCCAGUCCAUGGCAACUUGCGAUAGUGAUAGUUUAGAUACGGUGAGAGGUUCUUUAGGCGCGGCAAUUUCCUUUCUGAGAAGUGCAGAUGGAGGAGGAGGAGGAGGAGGAGGAGGAGGAGGAGAUGGAGAACCCGUGGAUGCAGAGCGCGAUAAGUACGUAGGACUGGCUCCAGUGGUCGUGAACACGAUUGAAUCUGUUAGAAUCAUCCUACCCGAUGUCGGCAUUGGGUUUCUUAAGGCAUGCGUAGACCAUUUUGGUCCCAACGCUGAGUCAAUUGUGCAGCAUUUGUUUGAGGAGUCGCUUCCGCCUGAUUUGCGGUCGCUUGAUAGACAGCUGGGAUGGCCGCCACCCGCGUCAAAGUUGACCUGGCGGAGUCGUCCUCAGCCCAGUAUACCCGUUGGCAAGAGAUUGAACAAGGAAGCUGACCUCGAACUUUCAGUGGAAGAUAAGAAGCGAGUGCUGAAGGCAGCGCGCAAUUUGGAAUACGAGGAUGAAUACGAUGAUUCAUUCGACGAUCUCCCAGUGCAAGUAGCGAACGUCACGCUCGGUACGGACGAAUUAGAAGAUGGAGACGGUCGCAAAGAACGUGCAAACGCAUCGAAGCGUGUCUUCUAUGUGGCCGACGGCAAAGUCUAUCACUCCCACAAAGCCGGCGCCGAGAAAAUCUUCGCGCAUAGCGCAGAGGAAGCGUCAACGAUCGCCCUGGCCCAAGAAAAAACGAAAAGAAACGAGAUAGAAGGACUCGGUGCGGGUGGAAAUAAGUCACGGUUCGAUUCAGCAUUCACCCCGAGCACAAGCGCGGUACCUUUCACGCCAAGGGGAUUGUCGACAAGUGCUUCGGCCAAAGAACAACCCAGGGCAAACGGGGGUGCCGGUCGCGGAGGAAGAGGGUCUGGCGGACGACAAACGAGAGGACUGACUGCAAAAGAUUUUACACACAAGCAUCACAAUCAAAAAGCAAAAGCAGCUAAGAAGGCGGCGUUGUAA